AUGACCGAAACAGCGAACCCCAACGACUCAAGACCGUCAAGCAUUACGCCAGGUCGUACACGUGUAGCGCGUGUUGCGUGUAAAGCAUGCCACGCCCGGCGAGUAAAAUGCGACGCCGCGGAUAGCCAACCUUGUUGGCAUUGUCGCACGCGUGGCUCAGAAUGCGAAUUGAUAGAGUCAAAACGUGGAAAAUAUGUAAGACAGAGUAAUGUCCAGUCGCAACAGAGACGCUCUUCCAGGCGCUUACAACAAACGCAAAGUCCUGCUCCUGAUGGAGACGGAACUACGAGCACUGAGAGUAUUGCUGUCGCCACGCCUGAGAAUUACGCAACUGGAAGAUUUACUCAGAAUCAUCAAGCGACAGAGCCGAGCGUCACACCCAACGCUCAGCAACAACCUCAAUCAAAUUUAACUCAAGCCAAAGAUAGAUCUUUCUUCCUCGGCGACUCAAGUAGUCUAUCAUAUAUCAUCGAAUUGAUAUGUACUCCGAGAAGCGGUGUCAGUGAACCAGUCAAGGUCCAUUAUCCCAUCCCAGCAUCAAUAGUGGAGAGAGCAGUUGCUCCAAGUCGACCUCAAAUCGAACCGCUACGCUUACAAGACGCAUUAACACUUCCGUCGAGGCAAAUAUCCGACCGUCUGGUCUAUAUAUUCUUCGAUAUCGUGCACCCUCCAUGGCCUGUUGUGGAUAGAAAGUCAUUCUUACAGCUCUACCGUGAUGGGAAAGCAUCGCCACUGCUCUUACAUGCUAUGUUUCUUGUGACUUUCAUUUUUUGUGAUGAAAGUCUUAUUCAAGAGGCUGGAUUCAGCGACCGUGUUACGGCACGCAAGUACCACUAUCUCCGUGCCAAGACGCUGUAUGAUGUUGAUCACGAGACUGAUCGUGAUAUCCUGGCUGCUUCGCUUCAUCUACUAGGGUUCUGGUGGAAUGGACCGGAUGAUCAGAAAGAUGCAUGGUUUUGGUCAGGUUGUGCAACAUCAUAUGCCCAGUCACUAGGUCUUCAUCGCUCGACAGUUGCUUCUAGGCUCAGUCCUGAGAAAAGGGCACUGCGAAAACGUAUCUGGUGGUCUAUAUAUACUCGUGAUAGACAUACUGCUGCAUGUCUCGGAAAGCCAUGUAGAGUCCGUGACGAGGAUUGUGAUAUCGAACCAGUCACGGAGGCUGACCUCUACUUUGACGAUGUCAUGGACGACCCUCUUAUACCACCUCAGAAAGAAUACCAUACAGCCUUCUUCAUCGAGAUGAGCAAAGCUGCUGAGAUCCUUGGGGAUAUAGUUAUUGGAGAGUUUAGUCCUCGCCGUCUUGCACUGGAGCGCUAUGAAGUGCCUAAUCUGAAAACAAGACUUGAGCAAUGGGAGUCUAAGUUACCAGAGUGCAUGAAAAAGGCACCACUUGAUGAGACGUUGGGAGAAGCAUUUUGGGCUACACAGUUGCACAUGGCGUACCAGAAUUACUUCAUCCUUCUAUUCCGACCGAAAGCAAUCGACGACAUGUCGUCAGUGGAAGCUGAAAGAGAUAAGACAGCGCGAGCGGCUGCUGACUACAUCACCCGAAUGACUGAAGACCUCAUUGCUGUCGGAACAUUACGCUACACCCAAAUGCACAUGAUCCCAGCUGUUUUCGGAGCCCUCUCGAUUCACACACUUGUCAUCUGUCGGAAAGACCCCAUUCGUCGACAACUAGCUGGCAACAAAUCCCGACAAUGCAUUCUCGCACUCAGUGAACUUGCUAAAUCUUGGCCUAUUGGUCUAUGGAUAACCAAGUUGUUUGUGAACCUCUUGAGGCGGCUUACAGGUCAAGGGUCAGCCUUGUCAGCGGGAUCAAUAGUCGAUGUGAGGUCUCGCAUUGCCAAUGCCAGUGGUGUCAACGAUGGCCCUGCUCUAGAGCCUCUAAGAGGAGGGAGUGGACUAAGAAAUCCUGAUGAAGUGAUGAACGGGUUCAAUCAACAGGGGAACCCGGCAAGUGGUUUCAUUGACGGUACCAACGGUGCCGCCAUGGCAGAUCAACAAGGCAGUGACAUCUUUCAACAGCCUGCUGAUCAGUUUGGGCUUGAUUCCUUCUGGGCAGAGGACACUAUUGAUGUUGAUUUACUUCUUCAGCAUGGAUUGUGUCCACUACUUCCAGCUGACUUUGGGCUCAUGCCACCUGGCACAUUUGGACUCUGA